AAAUUUAUUUGAAAUUUCUUAGCUAAAGGAUACGUAGGACAAUGUGAUAUUACGUUUGCGUUGUCGUCAUCUUGCUUGUGCAUAUAAUUAUUAAAGUGAUGUAGUUUUAUAACUUAAAAGUUAUAAUUAACAAUGGUGCCCGUGAGAACAAACAAAUUUAGCAGUGUUGCCAAAUCAUCAGGAGUCAAACUCUUCAAUAUGAUAUUAUUCUCAAUCAUGUUCAUCAUCCCCGUUAAUUCUUACCCCCUUACAGAAGAUUUCGCAAUUAAUUGUGGCUCUUCAUUUGAAUCAAAUUCUAUAGUGGGUGACCGUAUAUGGAGCCGAGACAUCGAUUCACAACACUUUUCUCUCUUAGAACUGCAAGAUCAAAACCACUCUUCAAUAACCGCAGUUUCUGAUCCUAUAGUUAACCAUAUCCCAUACGGCACCGCACGCCUUUCUCAAUAUGAAUUCACUUACUCCUUUUCCGUCACCGUUGGCCCAAAGUUCCUUAGGCUUUAUUUUCACGCAGCUUCAUACCGUAGUUUCAACCGUUCCAAGUCCUUAUUUUCCGUAAAAGCAGGUCCUUACGCCCUUCUAAAGGGUUUCAACGCUUCACGUGUUGCUGAAGAGUACGGUGAUUCCAAUAAGAUUGUUCUCAUGGAGUAUUGCAUAAACGUUGAACAAGGUCAAAGGCUAAACAUUACCUUCACUCCGAACCUAACUAAAGAUGCCUUUGCCUUUAUCAACGGAAUAGAAGUGUUAUCUUCUUUCAAACACAAUCUUCUUUGCGAUAAGCAAAAUUAUUCAGGGUUCAAACUUGUUGCCAUAGUCCGAGAAGCAGACACAAAUCAUGAUUCAUCAACAGGGUUAGAUAGUUCAUCAAGCAGUAAUAAGAAAACAUUAUUACGUGAUGUUUUGUAUAGUGUAAUUUCCACAAUCAUCUCGGUCACUCUUAUUUUCUUAUUAUGUAUUUGGGUUCGGCACAUGGCUAGAUUCACUAAGCGCAAGACCGAGAUGGAGAUGAUUUCUGAAGAUAUAAGUAGUAAAAAUAAAUCAGUGUCUCCUUCAGGUAUGUGUCGUCACUUUUCAAUCAUUGAUAUAAGAGCAGCCACAAUAAACUUUGAUGAUAUUUUCGUUGUUGGAGUUGGAGGUUUUGGAAAGGUGUAUCAAGGGUACAUUGAUGAUGGUACAAAACCCGUGGCCAUAAAACGUUUCAUUCCAAAUAGUUUACAAGGAGUUGAAGAGUUUAGGACAGAAGUUGAGAUGUUGUCUCAACUUAGCCACCCUCAUUUGGUGUCUCUGAUUGGUUUUUGCAAUGAUGAAGAUGAUAUGAUAAUAGUGUAUGAUUUCAUGGCCAAUGGGACCCUCCGAGACCAUCUAUAUGGCUCUACAAACGCUCCCCUUUCGUGGAACCAACGGCUUGAGAUUUGUAUUGGGGCAGGGCUUGGGUUGGAGUAUCUCCAUUAUGGUGCUAAUUACAGUGUUAUCCACCGUGAUGUGAAAAGCUCUAACAUUUUGUUGGAUGAGAAAUGGGUGGCUAAGAUUUCGGAUUUUGGGCUGUGCAAAAUAGGACCAGAUGGGGUAUCAAAGUUCCAUGUUACUACUCAAGUUAAGGGUAGUCUCGGAUACUUGGACCCUGAAUAUUCGAAGACUAAACGGUUGACCCAUAAGUCUGAUGUGUAUUCUUUUGGUGUGGUGUUGCUUGAAGUGUUGUGUGGGAGACCCCCUUUGCUACGUAAAGUGGAGGGCAUGCAGAGAAGUUUAGUGGAGUGGGCCCAAACAUGCCACAGUGAAGGUGGACCUCAAGCUCUAUACCAAAUGGUUGAUCCCUUCGUUAGAGGAACCAUUCUUCCAGAGUGUUUGGAUAAGUUUGUUGAAAUGGCAUUGAAUUGUGUUGUUGAUGAUGGAAAUGAACGGCCAUCAAUCAGUGAGGUAGUUAAGGGCCUUCAGCUUGCAUUGCAGCUGCAAGAACAUUCAAGGUUCAGUGGGGCCCGCAGACCAAAGAAUACAAAGGUUAAUUUAGGAGAAGAAUGAGUCAAUGUUUUUUUUUUCUCGAGUCAGCGGAGAUGUAUGCUCACAUCAUUGAUAAAUUGGACCAUGUUUUCUUCAAGAGUGCUAGUGUCUUACGUUUAAGUGACAAGUUAUGUUUUGUACCUUUUGCUUAAUUUAUCUCAUUUUUUUUAAGAGAAGUACUUCUGUUUGUAUUCACGAAAGAUUAGUAAACGUUUACUGAAUAGAAUAUUACAGUAAACAUAAACCUA